AUGCGCAAUUGUCAGCCGGCUUCGUUGCGAGAAACGUCAGCGAUGGGAGAGGCAGCACAGCCACGUGGUACUAUUGGGAGCGUGUCAACUGAAACAGCGACAGUGCGUGAUGAGGGGCGCGUUUGGCGCAAAGUGUUGUACACGCGUCAGCCGUAUGAAGACAACUAUGUGGAUCCUCAGCAGUUCCUUCAGGACCUACGGCAGAAUGUGAAUGUUGCCACCUAUGAGUAUAACAAGGUGGUGUUGGACACAUUUGUUGUUAUUCAGCAAUUUUCGUUUGUUGUGUUCUAUCUCUUUGUAUUUUCUAUGAUGCUUUCCGGGAGGGUGGAUGAGUGCGCGCUCAUGUGGGUGAAUGCUACACUAUUCACGUUGGCGUUUGUGUUUUGUAUUGUGGUGCAGCGGCAGCAGGCUGUUGAUCGCGGUGAGAUUCCCACACCGUUUACGCAUUACUUGAUGGGGUUGUGUAGGCAAGGCAUUCCACUGGUGGGGGUCCUUAUUCUUCUGUCACCCGUCCUACAAACCUUGACUGUGGCGUAUAGCAAUGACACCAUUGUGACACUUAGUUCCUUGUCAAUGUUCGUGCAUGUGCUUCUGACGGAUUAUAAUUACCUCAACUGCUAUUCGGAGAGGUAUCAGCAGAACACUGCGGUGAAUGCAGCCACAUUCGGCAUAAUACUUAUUGCCUCACGCAUUCAGAGGGUGUUUCAGAGCGGUGCACUCAUUAUGUUUGGAAUUCUAUGCUUCACUUUGUCUCCUAUUCCCAGACAUAACCUCAAACAUGUCUCCCUAAGGGCACAUGUUGUGUUAACAUUCACUAUAUGUGCGCUUGCCAUCUACUUCUUGAUGGAGGUUCCGGUAUUUGCCCUUCUGUACUGUGUAGUGGUGGUGGUAAUAUCUGUUGUCAUUCCAUUCUUCUUCGUCAAAUUGCAUGGCAGCAUGAAAGAUCAAAUCAAUGGACCGUGGGAUGAGGCAAAACCAACUAAUAGUGCGGCUGCAGUCGAAUGGGCCAACGCAGGCAUGCUUCAGUGA